CAUUCCCCAGCCCGGGCGGGCUGGCUGGCUGGCGAGCGAGCGGAGCCGACGGGAACGGGCAGAGCAGAGCGGAGCGCAGCGCAGCCCGGCCGGGGCGAGCUGGGGUGGCCAUGGAACGGGCGCUUCCCCUCUGAGAGCCCGGGCCGCGGGCGGAGCCGCAGAAAUGACGGUGGAGUUCGAGGAGUGCAUCAAGGACUCGCCCCGAUUCAGGGCAACCAUAGAUGAGGUGGAAACAGAUGUGGUGGAGAUAGAGGCAAAACUGGACAAGCUGGUCAAACUCUGUAGCGGGAUGAUCGAGGCAGGCAAGGUCUACAUCACCACCAACAAGCACUUCGUCAGCGGUGUCCGGGACCUGUCCCAGCAGUGCCGCAACGAUGAGGUGGUCUCGGAAUGUCUGCAGAAGUUUGGAGACAGUCUUCAGGAAAUGAUCAACUACCACAUGAUCCUGUUUGACCAGGCCCAGAGGUCAGUGCGGCAACAACUCCACAAUUUUGUCAAAGAUGACGUUAGGAAAUUCAAAGAAACAAAGAAACAAUUUGACAAGGUCCGAGAGGACAUGGAGAUGUCUCUGGUGAAGAAUGCGCAGGCCCCGCGGCACCGGCCACACGAGGUUGAGGAGGCCACUGGAGCGCUGACCCUCACCCGCAAAUGCUUCCGCCACUUGGCUCUGGAUUACGUGCUCCAGAUCAACGUCCUUCAAGCUAAGAAGAAGUUUGAGAUCUUAGAUGCGAUGCUGUCCUUCAUGCAUGCGCAGUAUGCCUUCUUCCAGCAGGGUUACAGCCUCUUACACCAACUGGACCCCUACAUGAAGAAGCUGGCGGCAGAGCUGGACCAGCUGGUGAUUGACUCUGCAGUGGAGAAGCGGGAGAUGGAGAGGAAACAUGCCCUGAUCCAGCAGAGGACUUUGUUGCAGGACUUCUCCUAUGAUGAAUCCAAGGUGGAGUUUGAUGUAGACGCUCCCAACGGUGUGGUCAUGGAGGGAUACCUUUUCAAGAGAGCCAGCAAUGCCUUUAAGACGUGGAAUAGGAGGUGGUUCUCCAUCCAGAACAGCCAACUGGUCUACCAGAAGAAGCUCAAGGACGGGUUGACUGUGGUGGUGGAUGAUCUCCGUCUCUGCACUGUGAAGCCAUGUGAGGACAUAGAGAGGAGGUUUUGCUUCGAGGUGGUCUCUCCUACAAAGAGCUGCAUGCUACAGGCUGACUCAGAGAAGCUCCGCCAAGCCUGGGUUCAGGCAGUCCAGGCCAGCAUUGCUUCAGCUUACCGGGAAAGCCCCGACAGCUACUACAUCGAGAGACUGGACCGAACGGCAUCUCCAUCCACCAGCAGCAUUGACUCCGCCCCAGACACCAGGGAUAGAAGCAGCAAGGGGGAGAGCAUCCUCCAGCGGGUGCAGAGUGUGGCAGGCAAUGGUCAGUGCUGUGACUGUGGGCAGCCUGACCCCCGCUGGGCCAGCAUCAACCUAGGUAUCCUGCUGUGCAUCGAGUGCUCGGGCAUCCACAGGAGUCUGGGGGUCCACUGCUCCAAGGUCCGGUCCCUGACACUGGACUCAUGGGAGCCAGAGCUGCUAAAGCUGAUGUGUGAGCUUGGGAACAGCACCGUGAACCAGAUAUAUGAGGCUCAGUGUGAGGAACUGGGGCUCCAGAAGCCAACAGCCUCUAGUCCCAGGCAGGACAAGGAAGCUUGGAUCAAGGUCAAAUAUGUGGAGAGAAAGUUCUUGAAGAAGCUUCCAGGGGCUGGGGCUGAGGCCAGUGAGACAGCUGGUGGGGGAGAGGCCAAGCCCCGGCGAUGGAGCAUGAAGAAAUGUCGGCGGCACCAGAGUUCUCCUAGGGUCCCCAGGAUGCGACGCCAGCUCCGGCAGGAGCCCACCGCCAUCUCCCCUGCAGCGCUGUCAUCAGCCAGCACUUUGGAACGGAAAUUUCGACGUGACUCUCUCUUCUGUCCAGAUGAGCUGGACUCACUCUUCUCCUACUUUGACACAGGAGCAGCUGGGGCAGGACCAAGAAGUGCUGGCCACAUGUCUGCGCAGGCCCCCCCAGCAGCUGGUCAGUGGGACAGUGGCCUGGGCCCCGGGGGCACCGAGGCGUGCCUCCCGGCCGGAGGUCUGAGCAGUGACAGCGGCCUCGGUGGCAGCACAGAUGGGAGCUCGGACAUCCUGGUCUUUGGCUCUGUGGUAGACAGUGUCAUGGAAGAAGAGGGUGAAGUAUCUGAAGACUCCAGUGCUGAGGGUGACCGUGAGACCUGGGACCUGGAGGACAGCCGAGAGCUGCACCCAGGGCUGCUGGCCUACCGGGCGGCUCGAGCCAGAAACCUGCCUGUUCUGGCUGAGGCCCUGGCCCACGGGGCUGAGGUGAACUGGGUCAAUGAGGAGGAUGAGAGCAAGACGCCACUGAUCCAGGCAGUGAUGGGGGGUUCCUUGAUCAUUUGUGAAUUCCUUCUCCAAAAUGGGGCUGACGUGAACCAAAGAGACAGCCGGGGGCGGGCACCCCUCCAUCACGCCACCUACCUGGGUCAUACGGGACAGGUCUGUCUGUUCCUAAAGCGUGGGGCUGACCAGCAUGCAUUGGAUGAAGACCAGCAGGACCCACUGGCCAUAGCUGUCCAGGCUGCCAAUGCUGAUAUCGUUACUCUGCUUCGGCUGGCUCGGAUGAAUGAGGAGAUGCGAGAAGCUGAGGGACCCCUCGGACAGCCAGGUGAUACCACCUAUCUGGACAUCUUCCGGGAGUUCUCCCACAUGGCGUCCCACCACCCAGAGAAACUCAACCGGCAGAGCCUCCAUGUCAGCCCCUCAGCCCCGUAGCCUAUCCCUUCUCUCCGGGGGGUUGGGCCGGGCCUUCAGCCUGAGCUUGUCCCUGCCUGGUUUUAGAAAUACAGGGAGCAGGAGUACACAUCCUUCUAGGGGAGGGGAGGGGAGAUGGUUUCUCUAUAGCAUGCCUAUCUCCAGGAUUUGUCCACUAGCCUGGAAGCAGAAGAAAGAGAGCAAAUUUGGGGCUCAGCUGGGCUGAGUCUGAGAUCUUUGCCCCUCUGCUUGCCAAUGGGACACAUAGGGAGGGGAAUGGGACCCUUAAGGGGGCGCAGACAGGCUUUAUCUUGUGUUUUAGGGCUGGAUGAGACCUCUCCACCCUAGUUACUGAACAUCGGAAGUGGGGCUUUCUCUCCUCUGGACCCUCCUCUCAGCCUCACAGGCCCUAAGGCCUAGGCUCCCCUAAUCUUCUGCUAGGGGGCUGAAACUCUCUCCCCCAUGAGUUAGGAAGUCGCUGUCCUCAGCCCCUGCUCAGGAGCAUUUCGGCAGAGCUCAGUCUCGUGUCUUAUACCCAUCGCUCAAGUCUCUUUGCCCUAGUGAGGGCAAAGUUCAGGGGAGCCAGGCACCCUGCAUGUUAUCCAUUCCCUUUUCAGGCAUGAGUGGCUGGUCCACUCCCAUAUAACCAGGGCCAAGACCCCACUACCCACCAACCAGCUUGUGCCCUUGCCCUAAUGGACGAGGCUUGGGGAGGAGAGGUUAGUGUCCCAUCCCUAAUAAAGCCAAAGACAGAGAAGUAGGACCCUGUGAUUGUGUGUUUGGGGCUCAAUCCCGACCUAGAGGCUAGAGGACUAGCUGCAGGAUAUGGGCUCCCCUGGGGCCUCCAGCACCAACCGUUGCAUGGCCCUUCCCUCAACUCAGGGUUCACACUCAGUCCUAAGGAGCCUGGGUCCCCCUGCCCCAUUAGCAUCCCCCAAGCAGCUGGUCCCUGGUCAGCAAUCCUCCUUCCCGUACCCACUCCCUCCCUGCCCUAAAUUGCUGUGAGCGUAGGUAAAAUGCCAACUUGUUUUAAUGCCUGAUCAAGGCUGAGAGAUGGGAAAUCUGCUGCAAAGGGGGCUCGAUGCCCCAGAACUCAUGAGGCAUUACCUGCACUACUGCUUUUUCUUGG